UCGAGUCGGACAAGUCACUCACAAUGCUGAGUGUCAGGACGUCAGUGUUUUUGAGUGUGUGUGCUGUGGUUAGCGCUCAGCUGUAUGAGCUGAAUAUAGUGCAUCAUAAUGAUUUCCAUGCAAGAUUUGUGGAAACAAGCCCAACUGGAACAGUCUGCGACUCAGAGAAGGAACCGUGUAUUGGCGGGUUUGCCCGCAUAGCCACGCUUGUGAGGGAGGCUUUAGUAAGGGAACCUGACUCCAUUGUGCUGAAUGGUGGGGAUGUUUUUCAAGGCACGUUAUGGUAUAACUUGCUGAGAUGGAACGUUACGCAGGAUUUCAUGAAUAUGAUACCCCAUGAUGCUCAUGUACUAGGCAACCAUGAGUUUGACAAUGGUAUAGAAGGUGUGGUACCGUACCUCGAACACUUGAACUCUUCAGUAGUUGUUGCCAAUAUUAUCGACGAUGAGGAACCAGAUAUCCAAGGCUUAUACAAACCUAGUGUUGUUAUUGAAAGAAAAGGCCGCAAGAUUGGAAUAAUUGGAGUAAUUAUAUCUACCACCAAUGAGCUGGCGUCUACAGGGAAUCUGAAAUUCACGGACGAAAUUGAAGCGGUGAGGAGGGAAGCCGCAAAACUAAAUGAAGAGGGCGUGGAUAUAAUCGUGGUUCUAUCCCAUUGUGGACUUGAGAAAGACCAGGAAAUCGCGCUGAAAGCCAGUCCAUACGUGGACAUAGUAGUGGGAGCUCACAGUCACUCCAUGCUCAUAAACAGGGAACCACCUGCGGGCAUUGCGUUCACUCCUCUGGGACCCUACCCCAUUGUCGUCCAGCAAGAGAGCAGAUCUGUGCUAGUAGUCCAAGCAGCCGCUCACACAGCGUUUUUGGGAGAAAUCAAGCUUUACUUCGACGAACAAGGACAACUUGUAAACUGGACUGGUGAUCCUCAUUUUGCUGGCAACGACGUUGUGCAAGCGCCUGACGUUUUGGAAAAAAUCAACGAAUACCUGCCAAUCAUAAACGAGAAAGCCAACGAGCUUAUAGGCUUUUCGAAAGUCCAAUUAUCAUCAAAGUGCAAUUGUGGUGAAUGUAACCUAGGAAGUUUCAUCUGCGACGCUUUCAUGAAUGCCGCAAUAGAAAGAGCACAGGGCAAUCAAUGGAAUUACGCACAUUUUUGUAUUAUUAACACGGGAGGUAUAAGAGUGGAUAUUGACUCUGGAAAUGUGACAUUUGAAGGUAUUAUGCUAUCAACACCAUUUGAAAACAGGGUCGAAGUAUUUGACCUAAAAGGGCAGUAUGUUCUUGAAGCGCUGGAGUUCGCGCUAGCCAACAACCCGUUCCCUGGUGCAAGGAUGUUGCAAAUUUCAGGGCUACGUGGGGUGUUUGAUGGUCUGCAGCCUGUUAACAGCAGGAUUGUGAACGCGACAGUUCGCUGCAAUGACUGCGACGUACCUCACUACGAGCCUCUGGACGUGAACAAGAUGUACAAGGUCGUCUCGCAGAGCUUCUUAGGUGGAGGUGGAGAUGGAUUCUCUAUGAUUGCCAACAAUCGGCAGAACGUGGAAGCCCUCGGAGUGGAUUACGAGGUGCUGAUGGAGUACGUGCGCCAACAGUCGCCUAUCAUCAAGGACCUGGACGGGAGAAUAGUGAUCACAGAUCCUUGCUUACCAAACUAGCUCUUAUUAAUUACCAUGGACUGAUAGGUACGAUCUACCAAAAAAACAAAAGAAGAUUUUGACGAAUUGAGAACCUCGACUUUUUUGAA